AUGGCUUCCACCACCAACGUCAGCAGGGCACCCGCCUCAACCAGCAUUCACCGACUUCAGUCUCUUUUCAGCACCGCCCCCAGCACCGACCCAGGCACACCAGGCGACUCCCCCCUCGAGACAGGCGCAUACAUUGCGCAAGGCAACAACUACAACCACUCAGCUCAAACGAACUCCAACUACACCAUUCAGCGUAUCACCAACCGGCCCGCACGCCCACCUGUGCCACUGUUCCACUCCAACUCGACCGGCAGCUUAGCAUCCCAACCAGAUUUCCCACUGUUCGAUAACAACGACAUCACUAUGGGUGGCGGAGUAAAUGUUGCCUACGAAGGCACCUUCGGUGACCUUAGCGCAGGCAACAACAUGUUCACUGGCGCUGGCGGAUUCAACUUCGAUGACUAUGUCGAAGUCGGCAACCACGACACCAUGCCUGCGGCUGACUUCACGGCCAUCAACCAUGGCACCAUCUCGCCAAAGGAUGUGUUUAACGACUCUGUCCCACCAUCUACUACUUUCACAAACCUGACUACACCCCAGUCGGGGUUUCUGGACACGCCGGAUGAUGACUAUGAGACCUCUCCCCUCUUCACAGACAGCUUGGGCGUCGACAACAGCGCACAGUGGCCAUCGCUCUUCCCUGAGUAUGACCCUGCCGCUAUGGCUGGCGCACCACUCAUGACCCGUAACUCCUCGUCAACCUCAACCAACCAGAUCGUCGUCCACCCAGGCGGCGAAUCCUUCUCUCGCAAGCGCAGCUCGACUCAAGCCUCCCCGGUAUCUUUCUCUCCUGCCUUGAAGCACUCGGCUGUAGCUGGUGUUGCCGCGCGCAAGCGUGACAAGCCUCUACCACCGAUCAUGGCCAGCGAGGAUGACCCUGUCGCCUUGAAGCGUGCUCGUAACACUGCCGCCGCUCGUAAAUCGCGAGCGAAGAAAGUGCUUGAGCGUGAUGAUCUGGAGGCGGAGAUUGCGGACUUGCAAGCGCAGGUUGCUUUCUGGAAGGCUCAGGCUCUGGGUUCGGAUAACGUCACCGACUCCCAGUAG